CGUAGGAGAAUCGGAGGAGCUGUAAAGUUUUUGUUUGUCUUACGCCUCCUGUUGUUGUAUCCUUGAUAACAUGAAAGAGGAAGGAAUCCAAACACUUGAAGAUAGACAACUUCUCGGACAGAUGGGGACGGAGUUGAGGAAGAGUUGGAUUUUGAAGGUAGACAACUUCUCAGACAGGAAAGAGGUUAUGAAGUCGACGCCCUUCUCAUGCGGCGGGUGCGAAUGGUAAAUGGACAAGACUCUUUUUAUCUCCAGCGUCUCUUUCUUACCCGAAUUGUCUAAAAGAGAGGUUUUGCAUGUCUUUAGGCAUGUUAUUGUUGAUACCAAGGGAUGCCCUGGUUAUGAUAAUGACUUGUCUCUGUUUCUGUGCGUACCUAAUCCUGAAUCAUUGAGACUUGGAUGGAAAAGGAGAGUUAGAUUUUUCUUCCUUCUUUUGAAUCAUUCCGGCAAAGAGCUCCGCAGAUCAAAUUACAACGGGAGAUCCCAUUUGUUCUGCGCUGAGGCCACAGAAUGGGGUAUCGAGGGUCUGUUGCCUCUUACCGAGCUUCAAGACCUCGAGAACAACAUACUAACCAUUCAAGUCUUCGUUGAAGUAGACGAAGUUGUUCAUCAAGGUCAGUCAACUGAGAAUGAUCUAUCAGAAUUCCAAGGUGUCCGGGUCCUUGCUUCUCAAGGUCAAUCAGCGAUCCGGCUUCUGAAGCAGCACCAAGGAUUUUGUUUAGAUUUCGCUCCAAAGUACCCGGAGCUGAGGGCAGUAUACUACACUCUCUUGUUCUCCCUCAUCGAGACACUGAGCAAGUCUCCACAGAGCUUGUCUCUGGCUGAACUAACCAAUGCUCAAUCCCAAUUGACCGAGCUGACGAAGGCAGGCUUCAAGCUCGACUUCUUGGAGUCAAAGCUCGAGGACCUUUCCUUGGAGAGGAGGAAAGCAGUUGUCCAACUCGAGGAACGGGUCAAGAAUGUGGAACUGACUUUGGAGAAGAUCAAAUACGCGGCUGCUGCUAGAGUUUCUUCGUUUGGGUUCAUAGACUUCCUCGUAAAGAGAUUCUUUCUCUCUUGCUUCUCAAUCUGAAAGUGUGUAAGCUUAAACAUGAUCAUCACAUGUCAUUACUAAAGCGCAUAGAUGACGAUUAUCUGUUGUCACUUGAUUUCCCUAGCCGUUGAUUUCGGUAGGUACGUGUAAACUAGUGGAUGAUCUUAGGUACUUGCUCUUUUUAUAUUACAAAAGGCAUUGUGUGUUU